AUGGCAGAAACAAUGAAGUUUGGUCCUGAAUGGCUGCGUGAGGGAACCAAUGUGGCUACUCCGCCCUCCUCUCCUGGUUUUGGGAAAUUUAAGCUAGCAGAACAUCGUUAUGGCCGAGAAGAGAUGUUGGCACUGUUUGUGCCUUCAUGCAAAGUACCUGAGGAUUUAAAACAAUACCCCUUGAUCAUGGUGGACAAGGCUCAAGACCCCUUAGCUUACAUACCACUUACGGAAGAGGAACAGCGGAUAAUGGCGCAGUCGGUGAACAGUUGUGCUGUUCUUCGAAUGUCUGGGAGAGGAGGAGGCGGUGGCAGCGGCAGGGGAGGCAGAGGUGGAGGGGAAAGAGGUCGAGGGAGAGGUAGAGGUCGUGCAGAAGGUUUUGGUCAACGGCCAUCAUAUGAUGACGGCGAGACUAGCAGUUUCACUCGGAACCGAAGUCGAGAAAAUUGGGAAGAAAGUAGGCGAUAUGAAAGAAGUUUUUCUGCUCGGAGCUUUGAAGAUGGGGCCCAUCCUAGCAAAGAAUAUUCCCGUUCAUUUAGUAAUGAGAACUGGCGGGAUAAAAAAUCAGCAGAUGAUGAUGAUGAAGGAGAUUGGAGAAAAGCCGGUUCUCGAGAAAGAUGGGUCAUGCCUUUGGUUACCGAAGACGACGACGAAGGAGAUUGGAGGAAGAUGGGGCCACGUUGGGGUCAUCAGAGGUGGAGGCUCUUGGAGAGCGAUCGCAGUAAAAGCUCAACAGGCAAUGUCUUCUUCAAAGACCGACAACAUACUUUUGACAGAGACCGUGACAGACAAAGAAGCUUUCAGCGCAGCCGAAGUACAGAAAUGUGGGAAGAAGGAGACAUGCCUGAAUGGAGUGUCAGCAAUGAAGAUGAUUAUAAUGAAACAGGAACUUUUGAUUCCAAUGGGAUAUUUGUUUCCAACAAGGAACCAAUGAAAUCUGGCCAACUGAGGCAUCACGGGAGAGAGAAAAAAGAAAUUGCACCUAAUCUUGAUGAAAAUUGGGAAGAAGUGGUUGAUGAAAAGGAACAGAUAGAAUCAAAAACAAGUGAAGGAGACAGUGCCCACCAAGAAGGUCCUCCAUAUGGACAAACAGCAAAUGAACUUGGGGAAGAUGAAGAACAAAGGGCAGUGGAAGUAAAGCAGUUGCGAACGAGUCCAGUUGUAAAUAGUGUACAGAAGUCCCCUCAUAAAGUGGUCCAUCCUGUUGGCCAGGUCAGUUCAUGUUCCCCACCUGAGCCUCCAAUUUGCAGGCAGGAGAAAGAAACUGUGGCCAGUGUACCUCCCAACCUGGCCCCAAACUGUCCGAUGAUGACCUCAGAAUCACUUUUAUCCUCACCUCACAGAGAGGUCCUCUCAACAGAUGGUGAUGACAACAGCAACAACAACAAUAAUUCUGGUGCUAUUUCAGAUGAAGAUACCCUGGACAGGCUCAAGAAAACGGCAGAAAAUAUUGUUGCUGAUGUCACAGAAGAAGAUGAAGAACCAAAGAAAAUAUCAGAUAGUCCAGUGAAAGCGCCUGAAGAUGAAUGGUAUUACAGAGACCCUCAGGGAGACCAGCAAGGACCAUUUUCUGCUGAAGAAAUGUCAGAAUGGUUCUCAGUUGGUUAUUUUGCUAUGAAGCUCAUGGUUAAAAGAGGCUGUGAUGAUUAUUAUCAACCUUUAGGUGAUCUGAUCAAAAGAUGUGGAAGGGUGCCAUUUCUUUCUGGGCCUCCAAUCCCACCUUUUAAACUUAAUCCAGUCAGCAGUGUAAGCCCAAACUCUGAAUUGGACUUACAGGCAGAUGCAGGAGUCUCCGUCUCAUUAUCGUCUCCGUCACCUGCUCCAUCACUUCCAGUAGUUACAAGUGGGAUCUCCUCCACUGCAGGUGUUCCUAGCCAAACCCCUAUAUUGCCCACAUUAGCCAGCAUGGCUCCUCCAACACCUCAGGUUCCUACUCAGCCACCUGGACAAACUGCAGUUUCACCUCAGGAUCAAAUGGCCCUUCUGCAUCAUUUCAUGCUGCAGCAGCAGCAACAGCACCUGCAUCUGUUCCAACAACAGUGGAUAAGACAUCUGCAACUGCAAAUGGUUCAACAGAUGCAGCAGCAGCAACAGCAACAACAACCUGUUCCUCCACCUCCAUUACAGCAUCUGGAUCUUAAUGACCCUACCAUUGCCAACAAAAUUAUUUCACUUCAAGAUCAACAGGUGUUGAUGCAAAUGCUAAAGCCACAACCAAUCCUUUUACCUGGUCAGCAACCUCCACACCUGCCCCAACAACCUUCCCAGCAACCACCAGGUACCCCCCAGCCAGAACCAACUACCCAGCCGCCACCAUUCCAUCGCUCUUUCUCUCAGCCAGCUGAAACUACAGAUACAGAAGAGACAUCAAUUUGGGGCAAUCCUGCCAACCCAGACAAUUGGUCACAACCAACAAGUGUCUGGGAUCUUGCUCCCUCUGGGCCUCCAGCAGGCUUACCCCUUCCCAGUGAACUUCCUCCAGGGAAAGUCAUCAAUGUCCAGGAACAUGAAGAGAUGGAGCGCAAAGAGCAGGAGGAGAAAGAGAGGAAGGAGGAGGAACUACGGCGACAAGAGGAACAAUUGAGGCGAGAAAAGGAAGAAUUUGAACGAGAGAAAGAAGAAAUUCGAAGACAGAAAGAAGAAUUAGAAAUGAAGCAGAAACUGGAAUUGCAGAAACUUGAAGAAGUUCGAAGACAGGAGGAGGAACGACAGCGGCUUGAAGAAGAGCGUAUUAGGGCAGAAGAAAAACAGAAACAGGAAUUGAGGCGGCAAGAAGAAUUGCGCCGACAGGAAGAAUUGAGGCAGCAAGAAGAAUUGCGCCGACAGGAAAAAUUGAGGCAGCAAGAAGAAUUGCGCAGACAGGAGGAAUUAAGACAGCAAGAAUUGAGACAGCAAGAAGAAUUACGCAGACAGGAAGAAUUGAGACGGCAAGAAGAAUUAAAGAAACAAGAAGAAAUGAGACGGCAGGAGGAACUGAGGAGGCAAGAUGAAUUGAGGCGACAGAAGGAAUUGAGAAUUCAAGAGGAAUUGAGAUUGGAGGCUUUAAAACUUGAACAAGAACUUGAAAAACAAAGACUUUUGGAACAUCAGAGACAACAGCAGCAGCAAGAGGAGGCUGAGAGACAACUUGAAUUGAAACGGCAACAGGAACUACAGCAGCUCCUAGAAUUGGAAAAACAAGAUCAAUUGCGCAAACAGGAGCAGCAGCGCCAGCAGGAACAGCAACGGAAGCAGCAGCAGGAACAGCAGCGGAAACAGCAGGAACAGCAACGUAAGCAGCAGCAGCAGGAACAGCAGCGGAAACAGCAGGAACAGCAGCGAAAGCAAGAACAAGAAGCCCGCCAGCAGCAGCAGCAAGAAGCUUUGCGUAAAGUCAAGCAACAACAGAAAGAACAAUUGGCCAAAAUUCAACUUCCUGCUGGUGCCAACUGGGCCAAGAACAAUUCUGCUGCUGCCCAAGCAGUUUCACUUGCUGAAAUCCAACAAGAAGAGGAGGUAGAAAGAAAGAAAGAAGAGUGCCAACGCAAAGCUGAAGCACAGCAGUUGCUUCUACAGCAGCAACAGCAGCAGCAACAGCAGCAGCAGCAGCAGCAGCUUCUACUGCAACAGCAACAGCAGCAGGCAGCCAAUCCAGCUGCACAACAAGCCAAAAUCUGGGCAAAUAAUAAGAUUGCUGCCUCAAAAUCAGCUGCUAAAUCCUUGCUUGAAAUCCAGCAAGAACAAGCCAAGCAAUUAGAAGAGGAGAAAAAGAAAAAAACCAAUACACAACCUCAGCAAACUGCUAAAGUGUCUCUGCCACUGUCAGCUAUUGCCGUGUGGGGUCGUACUUCCCCUGUAUUAUCAACAUCUCCUACCUCAGGCUGGGGCUGUGACUAUCCUUGGCAAGCUCAGGGAGGCAGCAAAUCAAAUACAAGUUCUAUGUGGGAAGUUCAGAAAAAUAAUAAAAAGCAAGCCACCUCUCCCACUAAGAACACCACGACACUUGAUUCUAACAGCUUCCCAAGUUUGACUGCUACUUUGUCUCAAAACACGAAAUCCAAAUCAUCCAAGAACAAACACAACACGGAUGGUGUGCUGAAGUUGUUUCAGUCAUCAAAUUCAAAUGACGAUUUUAUUCAUUGGUCAGAAUCUAUGCUUAAGAAUAUUCACGUCUCUGUUGAUGUUCCAACCUUUGUGGCCUUUCUCCAAGAUGUUGAUUCCCAGCAAGAGGUUCGGGAAUAUGUGCGUUCUUAUUUGGGGGAGAGUAAAAUUGCUGCUGAAUUUGCUCGUCAAUUUUGGGAAAAACGAAAUGCAUUGAAGAAAAGUGGUCAACAAGCCAAGCAAACAGCCAACAAGAAAAGUCAACCACCACAAGAAGAGGAAAGUAUUUGGGGUCCUGUGCGUAACAAUGCCAGUGAUACAAACUGUCGCAACAAUGCAAAUGAUUCCAGCCCAGCCAAUAAACAGGAUCAGAUAUCAUCUGGCAGUAACAACAACAACAAUAAUAACACCAAUAAUAAUAGCAGCAGCAACACUGAAAAGAGCAGCAGCAGCGGCGGAGGGGGCAGCAGCAGCAGCAAGGGCAGCAAGAAAAAGAAGCGAAUGCAAAAGCUGGACACAAGUGUGCUGGGCUUUACCGUCCAUGCUGCCUCAGACAGGUUCAAUGUUGGAUCUAUUGAUUCGGUCACCACUUUGAACAAAUGA